AUGUUCAAAGCUGAAAAUAACAGCAUUCGCAACAGCCAAUCGACUCUCGAUGGUAUCAACGCCCAAGAGCUCCCGCUGCCACCCGACUUUGUCUGGGGUACGGCUACAGCAGCAUAUCAGAUCGAGGGCGGGGCUUUCCAAGAUGGCAAGGGGAAGUCAAUAUGGGACACUUUUUCUCACGCGGUACCCUCUCAAACGAACGGGGAGCAUGCUGACAUUGCUUGCGAUCACUACAACCGCAUGACCGAGGACGUUGAUUUAAUGUCCUCAUAUGGAGUGGACGUCUACCGUUUCUCCAUUGCGUGGACUCGAGUUAUUCCUCUGGGGGGACGAGAUGAUCCAGUUAAUGAGACUGGAAUCGCCUUCUACAAUAAUCUCAUCAAUCGUCUCGUCUCACUCAAUAUUGCGCCGGUUGUCACUCUCUACCACUGGGAUCUUCCUCAAUCGCUCUACGAGCGCUAUGGAGGCUUUUUAAACAGCAAAGAGUUUCAAGCGGAUUUUGAACGAUUCGCACGACUCUGCUUCUCUACAUUUGGUAACAGGGUCCAGAAAUGGAUUACAUUCAACGAACCGUAUAUCAUUUCGGUGUUUGGGCACCACAGUGGCGUUCUUGCUCCUGGUCGCAGUACACAGACAGGCGGCGAUAGCAAGACGGAACCUUGGCGUGUUGGGCAUAGCAUGAUCCUAGCACAUGCUGCUGCGACUUACGCAUACGCAUCAGACUUCCAACCAUCCCAGCAAGGCACCAUUUCGAUAGUGCUCAACGGCCAUUACUAUGAGCCAUACGAUACUCAUAGCGAGGCCGAUACGGCAGCUGCACAGAGAAGAAUGGAGUUUUAUAUUGGAUGGUUUGGCGAUCCCAUCUUUCUGGGCCAGGAUUACCCUCCAGCGAUGCGCGCCCAGCUCGCCGAUCGACUUCCAGAGUUCACAUCCGAGGAACUGGACCUUGUUCGCCGGACUGCCCCCAUAAACGCUUUCUAUGGUAUGAAUCACUACACGACAAAGUAUGCACGAGCGCUACCGGAACCCCCAGUCGACGAUGACUGGACAGGAAAUGUCGAGGAGCUGCCCACCAACAUUGAGGGUAAGGAGAUUGGGCCUGUGUCCGGGAUGUCAUGGCUGCGAGUUGCACCGACAGGAUUCCAAAAGCUACUCAAGUGGGUUUGGGACCGUUACCAUCUGCCUAUUGUCGUCACUGAAAAUGGUUGCCCAUGUCCUGGUGAAAGCACCAUGAGUUUGGAGCAAGCUGUGAAUGAUGAGUUCCGUAUCAAGUAUUUCGGCUUGUACCUGGAUGCCAUAUCCCGAGCUAUUUACGACGAUGGCGUGACGGUGCAAGGCUAUUACGCAUGGAGUUUGAUGGAUAAUUACGAAUGGUCCGCCGGUUAUGGCCCACGGUUUGGCAUAACUCACGUUGAUUACACAACCUUGGUACGAACCCCGAAAAAGUCUGCUUCUUAUUUGAAGCAAUCUUUUCAGAGGCGCAGAGAGGCCGGAUUUGAUAAGAGCUUGGAAUAA